AACGCGGUUUUCGCUUAACGCGCUUCCCACCGCGGUUGCCUGGUGCUACUUGGUACUUAAUCUGUGGCCUUUCUUCCGCCUCUUCCACAAUCAAUAUCCCGCGCAGACGCUGCGUGCUUUUGUAUAGCCGCAUUCCCUCUUACCAUUACCCAUCAUUAUGUCUUCUCUCUACAAACCAAAGCCAACCGGCACAAGCAGCAGCACAACCGGCUCCAUUGCAAAUGAUGUCGAGCUGCCUGUUGAUGCCACCGAUACCAUCACCUCGAUCCGCUGGUCGCCGGUGGCAAACCACCUGGCGGCUGCCUCCUGGGAUGGCAAGGUGCGCAUCUACGAUGUCACAAAUGAUGGCAAGGCCCAAGGUGUGGCAAUGAUCAAUGCUGAGGGCCCUGCUUUCUCUUGCGACUGGAGCAAGGACGGAACUAUGAUUACGGCGGGAGGUGCCGACAAGAAAGUCCAUCUGCUCCAAGCUGCUUCUGGCCAAGCAAUCUCGUUCACCGCACACAAAGCCCCAAUUCGCGCCGUACGUUUUGCCGACAUCCCCUCUGCCGCAGCGCCCAUCAUCGCCUCGGGCUCUUGGGACUCGACCGUAUCCUACUGGGAUAUACGCCAGACUGCAUCGCCCCUCGCCACUCUCCAGUGUAGCGACCGCGUGUAUUCCAUGGAUACGAACGGCCGGCUUCUCGUCAUUGCUACCGCCGACCUCAACAUGCACCUUGUCGACCUGCACACCAACCCAGCCAGUAUUAUGCGUACCCAGCCAUCACAACUGAAGCACCAAACCAAAGCAGUCGCCGCCGCAUCGGACGGCAGGCAUUGGUCUGCCGGUAGUAUCGAGGGCCGAUGUGCAGCUACUGCCGUUGAUGAGACCGAGGCCAAGUCUUACAACUUCACUUGGCGGUGCCACCGAGGCGAGCCGGAUGCGAAGAAAAUGGUCAAGGUCUGGGCGGUCAACGAUAUCAGCUUCCACCCUUUCCACAAGGGCAUUCUCGCCUCUGUCGGUGCCGAUGGGACCUAUAGUUUCUGGGAUCUGGUUGGCCAUAGUCGGCUGAAGCUGUUCCCCAACGUCGGAGGCUCCAUCACAUCAGCAGCCUUCAACCGGGACGGCAAACUCUUCGCCUAUGCCGUCGGUUACGACUGGUCAUUGGGCUAUGCCCACAGCACGCCGCAGUACCCCAGGAAGCUGAUGCUUCACCCUGUCAAGGAGGAUGAGGUCAGCAAGGCCGCGAGGAUAUAAACGGGAUGGAUAUGAAGGACAUGAUCAAGGGAUAGAGGGGCGUAUUCAGGGAUGCCUUGAUUCAAGAGCAUAAAAUGCUCGAUUGGCACAAG